UCCAUCAUCCACCGGUGGGUGUUGUUGGAAUGGUGGUGUCGGGACAUUGAAUGACUUUGGCUCCAUCACAAAAAUUGCAGGGUUAAUCGUUAAAUUUAAACUAUUAUCAUGGAGGCACUAAUCCCUGUUAUUAAUAAGCUUCAAGAUGUGUUCAACACCGUGGGCGCCGACAUUAUACAACUGCCGCAGAUAGCAGUAGUAGGCACCCAGAGCAGUGGAAAGAGCUCUGUGCUGGAGAGCCUUGUGGGGAGGGACCUUCUUCCUCGUGGGACUGGGGUCGUAACCAGGCGACCUCUCAUCCUGCAGCUGGUUCACGUGGAUCCUGGAGAUGCUCAGAAAAGUGAUGAUGGCAGAGGUGAAGAGUGGGGCAAGUUCCUGCACACAAAAAAUCAAAUUUUCACAGAUUUUGAUGAAAUCCGACAAGAAAUUGAGAAUGAAACCGAGCGUGUGUCCGGAAAUAAUAAGGGGAUCAGUGAUGAGCCCAUUCAUCUGAAGAUUUUUUCCCCUCACGUUGUCAACCUCACACUGGUGGAUUUGCCGGGAAUCACAAAGGUGCCUGUGGGUGACCAGCCCAAGGACAUAGAGAUCCAGAUAAGAGAUCUAAUCCUGAAGCACAUUUCCAACCCAAACUGCAUCAUCCUGGCUGUCACUGCUGCCAACACAGACAUGGCAACCUCCGAGGCUCUUAAAGUGGCCCGAGAGGUGGAUCCUGAUGGAAGGAGGACCCUGGCUGUUGUGACCAAACUGGACUUGAUGGAUGCUGGUACUGAUGCUAUGGAUGUUCUUAUGGGCAGAGUCAUUCCAGUUAAACUUGGUAUUAUUGGAGUCGUGAACAGGAGCCAGCUGGAUAUCAACAAUAAGAAGUCUGUAGCUGAUUCUAUUCGAGAUGAACAUGCAUUUUUGCAGAAGAAAUAUCCCUCUUUAGCUACAAGGAAUGGAACCAAAUACCUGGCGAGGACCCUCAAUAGGUUACUGAUGCAUCACAUCAGAGACUGCCUCCCAGAGCUCAAGACACGGAUCAAUGUAUUGGCAGCGCAGUACCAGUCCCUGCUCAACAGCUACGGAGAACCUGUAGAAGACCAGAGUGCCACGCUUUUGCAACUCAUCACCAAGUUUGCCACUGAAUACUGCAACACCAUUGAGGGCACUGCCAAGUACAUAGAGACCGCAGAGCUGUGCGGUGGAGCCAGAAUCUGUUACAUUUUCCAUGAGACAUUUGGCAGAACACUGGAGUCAGUGGAUCCUCUGGGAGGCCUCAGUACUAUAGAUAUUCUCACCGCCAUAAGGAACGCCACAGGCCCUCGUCCGUCCCUGUUCGUGCCCGAGGUGUCCUUUGAGCUGCUGGUGAAGAAGCAGGUGAAGCGUCUGGAGGAGCCCAGCCUGAGGUGUGUGGAGCUGGUGCAUGAGGAGAUGCAGAGGAUCAUUCAGCACUGCAGCAACUACAGCACUCAGGAGUUGCAGAGGUUCCCCAAGCUUCAUGAAGCCAUUGUGGAGGUGGUCACGUCAUUGCUGAGGAAAAGACUACCCAUUACAAAUGAAAUGGUCCAUAACUUAGUAGCCAUAGAGCUUGCCUACAUCAACACAAAGCAUCCAGACUUUGCAGAUGCCUGCGGAGUUAUGAAUAACAAUAUAGAGGAGCAGAGGAGGAACAGGAUGAGGGAGCUGCCUGCUUCUGUCCCCAGGGAUAAGUCUGUUGGCAAAGGCCCAGCUGUGGUCCCUGGCGAGCCCCCUGUGGCUGGAGCAGACAUGGUAGGGGCCAAGGCCCCAGCAGUCGGACCCCAGCCUGAACAGGACGGCACUGGGAACUGGAGAGGGAUGCUGAAGAAGGGAGAAGAUGCCCCAAGCUCAGGUCCCGGGAGUCCCCUCAAAGGAGCUGUCAACCUACUUGAUGUGCCUGUGCCAGUUGCCCGGAAGCUGUCUUCGCGUGAGCAGAGAGACUGUGAGGUAAUUGAACGGCUCAUCAAGUCCUACUUCCUGAUUGUGCGCAAGAACAUUCAAGACAGUGUGCCAAAAGCUGUGAUGCACUUUUUGGUCAACCAUGUGAAGGAUAGUCUUCAGAGUGAGCUGGUGGGACAGUUGUACAAGUCCGGGCUCCUCAACGACCUCCUAACAGAAUCGGAAGACAUGGCACAGAGACGCAAAGAGGCUGCAGACAUGUUACAGGCAUUGCAGAAAGCCAGCCAGGUGAUCGCGGAGAUCAGAGAGACACAUCUGUGGUGAUUAUUAUCUCCUCAUCUCUUUUCAUGCCUAAGGUCCUACGUUUUGUGCACUCAUGUCUUGAACUUGAAUUUUCCAAAUGCACUGAUCCUUAUUUAAAUAUACUCUAAGUAUUAUCUCAGCCUCCUUGUCACCUGGAACAAAUAUAAUGUUUAUUUAUUCUUGAGUAAUGCUUUGUUAUCUAGAAGUAUUUCAGAAUGCACUGCCUAUAUCAUUGCUAAUGUUAAAAGUAAGAUAUUAAAAACUAGGUGCCACCUGAUACAGUUGCUGGUACAGUUCAGCCCAAGACUUUGGGUUAUAGAGUUUGAAGGUACGGGGAGUGCAGCCACAAUACUACUGUGACAGACUGCGGUUAACUAGUAUGGAAAUAGAGUGGAAAUUCAGAAAUCUCACUGCUGUUUUUGGCAGGUACUCAAAGCAUGGUUUUGGCACAGGACAAAAAUAUAUUAUUCAUCUACUCAUAAACCAUUUUCCUUUAGGUGUGCAGAUCAAGUUCAGGAAAUUUGGAGAUACUGUGUAAAAAUGUCACUGCAAAACUAAUAAAAUACAUUUUAUCCACUAUUUAAUACUGCUUUGGCUGGUACUCAUGUUGCCGGCUAGUUGUCCAAAUAUAUAGAUCUACUGUACACAUUAAGAUAGUGAAAAAGAAAACAACUUUGCAUUAGUUUAGAAUUCAGACUAUGAAAAGUCUAUAUCCAUGGGUUUCAGAGUGAUAGAAAAGUACUCAAAAUGGAGCCUAUAAACAGGAAGCCAAAACUCAUGAAUAAAGUCAUUGAAACUUCACUUCACUAAAUCCACUACUUAAUCUAUUCAGGGGUUGCUGGUACAGUUCAGCCCAAUACUUUGGGUUAUAGUUGGGGUAUACCCUGGAUUGAGGCCAGCUAGUUGUUGAAAUAUAUAGAUACAUAUUAAGAUGGUUAAACAGAAAGCAAUUUAGCAUUAGUUUACAAUCAGAUUAUGAAAAGUCUUUAUCCAUGGGCUUCACAGUGAUGGAAAAACAUAGUAUUCUUUGUUUUUAAUAGUGAAAAGUACUCAAAAUUCACACUUCCAAAACUUUUUGGGUAGUAUUCACAACUUCACUCUUCCUAAACUUUUUCCUAAACAUCAAUGGGCUUUCCCCUAUAUUGUGGCCAGCUAGUUGUCAAAAUUCAUAAAUACUGAGAUACUAAAAAAAAACUUUUUAGUUUACAAUUAUAAAGUCUGGAAAGUUACAAACUUACAAAGUUUACAAUUUAGAUUAUGGAAAGUCUAUAAAUGGGUUUCAGAUUGAUACAGCAAAUAAUAAUUCAAAACAGAAUAUUCUUUUGAAUGGUACUCAAGUGUUCAAAUUGGCACCUAUAAACAGGAAGCCAAGUCCCAUGAAUAAAGUGGCAAAAGAGGCAAUGGACAGAUUUUUACACAGGUUCCCAACCUUUGAAAUUAUUUUUCAGUUUGAAAGUAUUUGCAGGGAUUGUUUAUAAUGUUUUCAAUGCAUUUGUAGCUUAUGUGACACUUUUUUGCAGCUCUGGAGAAAGAAUGGGGAGCAAUUCAGUUUCAUCUUGAAUGUCAACAGCCAUAGGAAAAAAGAGUUUAACUAGGUUAUUUUACUUUAUUAAUAUUUUUGAAAUAAUUAAGAAAACUAGCAUCAUUUUUUAUUUGAAAAAAAAAUGUCUUUGAAGUUGAAGCUAUUGUAGUGUAAACAAUAUUCCUUGGAGAUCAUAUAAAUAAUACAUGAAGUUAAAGGUGCACUUUGUACUUUGUUGUAGAAGGUCCACGGCCUGCUUGUCCCCAUGGAGAUGUUAUUGUUUUGCCUAGAAUGGCUUAUUUUUCUUUUCAGGCAAAGUAAUAGCAUCUCCAGGGAAACAGUGGACCACCCACCAGAAAAAGUUACAGAAUACACCGUUUACUGACACUCUUCUCUUGACUAUUUUCACUAUCUUAAAUAAUACUAUUUCUCUCAGCCAUUUUCUCCAGAGUUGUAUUAAGUUGCAUUGACUGUAAUGAUGUAAAGAAGCCCACUGGCCCUUACACUGUGUUGCCAUGUGAACUUUUAUUUAUUCUUUUUGUUAAAUGUGAUUGUGUGAAUAUCGUCACCACUGCUGCCUGUCUGUGCAGUGGCUCAUUUAAUUAUGUUGUUUACAUAUCACGGUCUUGAAACGUAAUUUCUAGUGCACUGUUACCAUUGAGAAUAAAUAAAGGUAUUUUACUGCCAUGUGACUGUA